AGCUGCGAAGGCGACUGAUAGCAAAAAUGUUUAACAAGUGUUCCGUGUUUGUAGCUCUUAUCUGCAUUGGGUUUGUCUCAUGUGGUACUGUGGUGAGACGUGAUGCUCCCGCUCCCGCAAAGGAAGUUACCCUUCAGAGUGCUAUUGAUGACACAAAUGCAUUUUUCCUAAAGUUAUUCAAUGUCACUAGCAACGAGGAGGCUGAAAAGAAAUUGAAGGAGGGUGGCCAAAAUUUGAUAACCACUGCUGAUGCCUUCCUUGGAAAGAUUAAGACUGAGGCUGACAAGUUCAAGGAUUCUGAUGCCUUCAAGCAACUGCACGACAGCGCCGUCGCCUUCGGAGAAGAUCUGAAGAAGAAGCACCCUCAAACUGCUGCUGAUGUCGAGGAUGUGGGCAAAUCGCUUACAAACUUGACCUCCAAAAUUGGUGGUCUCGGCGAUACCGAAGAAGCAAAACAAUUGAACGCAUUGGGCCAAGCAUUCGCUAGUGAAAUUGCAAAGGCAGCAACUAACUUGUUUAACUCAGUUGGCAAAGCUCCACAAUAAAUUUAAUCAAUGACAUUGCA